AUGCUGAGUGCUUCGGAAACGAGGCUGUCGCAUGGGAAUUCGUGGGAGUUCCCCAUCAACGCUUCAAACAAAGGCUUGAAAGCAGACAGUCUGGCCGAGAUUGACAUCAGCGAGGUACGAAAAUGUGGCGAAAAAGCCGAUGCAAGGCAAUUCGAGUUGCUCAAGGUACUCGGCCAAGGUUCAUUUGGAAAAGUGUUUCUCGUGAGGAAAAUCCGCGGACGUGACACUGGGCACAUUUAUGCGAUGAAGGUAUUGAAGAAGGCCACACUGAAAGUACGUGACCGAUUGCGGACAAAAAUGGAGCGCAACAUCUUAGCGCACAUCUCACACCCGUUCAUUGUUAAACUGCAUUACGCCUUUCAAACCGAGGGCAAACUAUACCUGAUUUUGGACUUCUUACGAGGCGGUGACCUGUUCACGCGGCUGUCUAAAGAGGUCAUGUUCACGGAGGAGGAUGUGAAGUUUUAUCUAGCCGAGUUAACGCUGGCUUUGGAGCACCUCCAUUCGUUAGGUAUCGUCUAUCGGGAUUUGAAGCCAGAAAACAUCCUCUUGGACGCUGAUGGCCACAUUAAAGUGACCGAUUUUGGUCUCAGUAAAGAAUCGAUCGAUAACGAGAAGAAGACGUACAGCUUUUGUGGAACGAUCGAGUACAUGGCCCCAGAGGUGAUUAAUCGACGUGGACACUCGUGCGCCGCCGACUUCUGGUCGUUGGGUGUCUUGAUGUUCGAAAUGCUCACCGGACACUUGCCCUUUCAAGGCCACGAUCGGAAGGAUACGAUGACGCAGAUUUUGAAGGCGAAACUAACAAUGCCGCAGUUUCUGUCCCCAGAAGCGCAGUCGUUGCUUCGAGCUCUCUUCAAGCGGAACGCAGUGAAUCGACUUGGCGCCGGUCCAGAGGGAAUCGAGGAGAUUAAGCGACAUCCUUUCUUUGCGUCAAUCAAUUUUGAUCGAUUGCUGAACAAGGAGAUUUCCCCACCGUUCAAGCCAGCCGUAACAACCAUCGAUAGCACGUUAUAUUUUGAUCCGGAAUUCACGAAACGAACACCAAAAGGUAGGUUGAACAUUAUGCAUGAGUUCGGGUUAUUUCUUGUUUCCGGUACAAACCCGGCUUUUAUCAAUUUCAAAGUUAAGGUUAGCUCCAAGGAGAACUCGGAGAUGUUGGAGCAGAAUCGCUUUCCACAAUUCCAUGGGAUCAUUACCGUUGAUGGUGGUAGCGCUGCUACUUCCGCCGACCCUGCUGCGCCUUACUACAAAUGUUUCCCACCAGUGCAAGCCUGCUGA